GGAUCCAGUCAGCGCUGGAGCACCGGCGGCCAGCCUGGGCGCGCCUCGCGAGCAGCCAAUGGCAGGGGCGGCGCCGCUUGUUGUCGCCCCGUGAGGCGGCUGCGCCCUGGGCUCGGUGCCGCCGCCGCCGCCGCAGGAGGGACCCGGGAGGCCCCAGGCCCCGGUGCCCGCUCGCCCCUCGCCGCCCUCACCGGCCCCGCAGCCCCCGCGGAGGGCGGGGAGAUGCAGCCCCCGGGCGCUCAGCAGCCGCCGCUCUACGCGCCCAGCAGCGGGGACUUCACCUUCGUCUCCUCGGCGGACGCCGAAGGUGAGCGCGGGGCCGCGGAUCUUAGUGGCUCCAUAACAACUCCAGAUGUUAAGCUAAAUCUUGGAGGAGAAUUCAUCAAAGAAUCUACUGCGACUACAUUCCUAAGACAGAGAGGAUAUGGCUGGCUUCUGGAAGUGGAAGAUGAUGACCCAGAAGAUAACAAGCCACUCCUGGAAGAACUCGACAUUGAUCUGAAGGAUAUUUACUACAAAAUUCGAUGUGUGUUGAUGCCUAUGCCAUCUCUUGGGUUCAAUAGGCAGGUAGUGAGAGACAAUCCAGACUUUUGGGGUCCUCUGGCAGUUGUCCUCUUCUUCUCAAUGAUUUCAUUAUAUGGACAAUUUAAGGUUGUUUCUUGGAUUAUAACUAUUUGGAUAUUUGGAUCCUUGACAAUUUUUUUACUGGCCAGAGUUCUUGGAGGAGAAGUUGCUUAUGGCCAAGUUCUUGGUGUAAUAGGAUAUUCCCUACUUCCCCUCAUUGUCAUAGCACCUGUACUUUUGGUGGUUGGAUCAUUUGAAGUUGUUUCUACCCUAAUAAAAUUGUUUGGAGUCUUUUGGGCUGCAUACAGUGCUGCAUCAUUACUAGUUGGAGAAGAAUUCAAGACCAAGAAACCCCUUCUAAUUUAUCCAAUCUUUUUAUUAUACAUUUAUUUUCUGUCCUUGUAUACUGGGGUGUGAUCUAGUGUAAGAUGUGGCCAGAAACCGUAUUUCAGUCACUUGCAGACUGAUAAUGUGUAAGAUUAAGAAGGCUGGAGAUAAUACAAGUGACUGUUUUGAAUCCAGUUGUCAAGAUGUUUUAAGAUUGAAGAGCAUAUUUGUGUAUAUUAUUUAAUGAAGCAAUUGUAGCUAUAUAGAUUUGUAUCAAAGUUCUAGGUUUGUUUAAGACUCUUCAGAUUUUAAUGAACAAAAUAAAAGGACCUUGUGUUUUAUAACAAAGCGUAGCAAAACUGCAACUCAAUACCUGUGCCAAAAGCACUGGGACCAGAUUACUAUAUUCAAGAAUUAAAAAUGAGGAGUUAACUGUUAACAAUCUCAAAGUGCAAUUUUUCUUUUGAGCUUAAACACAGCUGUCUUUUUCUGGCACAGCAAAUUCUGUAGAUAAUAUAUAUUUAUGAAACAGUCCUGAUUGUUCACAGAAUAGUCUGUAUAAUCAAGACAAGAAGAUACUACUUUUAAUUUAGUGCCUCAAUUACUGUGAUUUGGCUGUUGAGUUUUUAUAAAUUCCAAUUUGUUUUCAAAACAUGUAUAUACUGUGUAUUUUGUAUCUAUGGCUUGUGUGUACCGUAAAUACUCCUUGGUUAAGGAUGUAUAUUGGGUUUUUAAAAAUAGAAGAUACAAGUAUUUGAAGUUUUCAUUUACUAUCUCUGACCAAAGGAGCAAGAUAUUUACUGCGUGACAUAAUUAAUUAAAAUGCAUAUUUAGAGAAUCAAAUUAUUUUACUUAAAAGUAUAAAUUUACAGAGAAAUGGGUGAACACCUUUCUCAACUCUAGUGCUGGCUUAAUGUUGGAGAAAAAAAAGAUGAUCUAUCAAAUUUGUGUGAUCUUUAAACAAUGUUAUUUUAUGAUGACAAAAUAAAAAUUUUGCUUCCCUAACUAUGUUUUACAACAUCUUGCUCUGUUUUGCUUUUAAUAGCAUGGUAUUUAACAUGCAUCCUUUUUUUUUUUCUUGCACCAAUACUAUUAAUCCUUUGUAAAGAGAACUAAGAAAGAUUUGGAAGGCCAGAUUCUCCCUCCACUAAAUAAGGCAGAGUUACAGCCUUAGUAACAGUUAGAGUCUUGCUAAUUUUGACUCUCCAAGGAUUAUGUAAUAAUGUGAUGACAUGUUAAAUAUUUCCUGUGUACUGUGUUGAUUGCUUAUAUAAUGGUCCUUAUGGUAAUAUUUCUUCACAAGGGAAGUCCACUGAAGUUCACUUUGCAUGGUACUAAUAUAGGCAUUUGCAAUCUUCAGUAUUUGGUAUCAACACAUAGCUCUGAAGUUUCUUUUUUUUUUUUCUGGUAACAGAAAAAAAGCAUUUCCCGUGCUCUGCCCCCUGCCCUUUUUUUAUUGCUACAAAUUAAAAUCAGCCAUGACAAGGUAAUAGCAAGGGCUGUCUUCGAUCCCUGAUGGACAUAUUUCCAUAGCAGAACUGGAGCUUUUCAGCUUUUUAGACUGUGUAACUAGCCAUCUUGGGGACUUAUUUUUACCAGUCAUUACUGAUGCAAAAUACAUAAUUAAAUUCCAACUCUCCCACAAACCUUUAGCUCAUUCAGUCAGCUUUCCUGGCUGAUGCUUGUGUUGGUUUUAAAUGGAACUACUUGAAGUUAGUGCUGGACUAACUGUAGUGUAAUACUUGAGCUUGUAAUAUAUAAAAAGAGAAAAAUUAGUAGAGUGAUUGACAUUUCACCUGAUUUUUGACUUCUGAAGAAGUUGUGGUGGAAUUAAUGCAAAGUAGUACUAAAUCAAUUUAUACCAGCAGCAGCUUAUUUCUUACCUACAAGUGUUUUGAGAGCAUUCAUACCACAUUCUCAAAAGAAAAAGGAAGUUACAGUGUAUUUAAAAAAACCAUAUUAGCUUUGGAAUCUUGCAUGAUAAUCUGGUUUUACCUCUUCUUUUCAUGACUUCUAUUUCUUUUUUUUAACAGGAAUAUCCAACUAUUGUUAUAAGACUCCACCCAGCCCCUGUGAAUACGUUUAACUUCCAUCACCACAAAGGUGAAGGGCAAGAACACUUUUGGGUUACUAGGCUGUCGGAGAGCUUCAAGCUUAGUUCCUUCUUCCAUAGUUGUUCAUGAGGUGUUCUGUGCAUCUGAACUAUGAAUAUUGACAGGAUGCAAGAAUGUUCUAUUGAGUGUCCAAUUGCCUCCCUUUCCAGUAAUGUUCUGUGAAAUUUAUAGUUGCAAUUUUAACUGUUCCUUUCCACAGACUUGGCACAUGUGUAAUAUGCAAUGUAGAUAUGCACUUAACAUAGUACAUAUUUUGUACACAAUUGCAGAUUUGCACCUUUUAAUCUUAGUAUCUUUAGGGUCACUUUUUGCAUAUGUUGUGCGAGAAACAUACAAACAGCUCUCAAAUGAUUCUGAUAGUUUGUAAUAACUUUGCAUUCAACAAACUCAUAUUUUUAGAUGAGGUGUGUGUGUAAAUACAAGAUGUAUUUUAUAAAAAUUUUGAAUUAAACUUGUUUACAGAACA